AGCGGCGAUCAAGCGGCGGCUGCCCCUGGCGGCUGGGCCGGGCGGGGUCCCAGGUUGGAGCCGGAGUUCCCCGGAAAGGAUGGGGAAACUGAGGCCCAGCAUGGCUAAGUGACUCAUCUGAGUCGACACAGGAUUCACCCCCAGGGAAGCCAGCUGUCAAGAGCAUGCCUCUGUGCCAAUGGGGGGCCACCACCCGGGGCAGAAAGCCCGAUGGGGAUGGAGCUCAGCCCAUGGCCACCAGAGGAGGCCUGAAGGUGCUUCUGCACUGGGCCGGCCCCGGUGGCGGGGAGCCCUGGGUCACCUUCAGCGAGGCCACACUGACUGCGGAGGAGGUCUGCAUCCACAUUGCACACAAAGUCGGCAUCACUCCACCCUGCUUCAAUCUUUUUGCCCUCUUCGAUGUCCAGGCCCAGGUCUGGCUGCCUCCAAACCACGUCCUGGAUAUGUCCAGAGACUCGAGCCUGAUGCUGCACUUCCGCAUGAGGUUUUAUUUCCGGAACUGGCAUGGCAUGCACCCCCAGGAGCCGGCUGUGUACCGCUGCGGUCCCCCGGGGUCCGAGCCUUCCUCAGAACGGGCAGAGCAGGGGGUGCAACUCCUGGACCCUGCCUCCUUUGAGUACCUCUUUGAGCAGGGCAAGCAUGAGUUUGUAAAUGACGUGGCAUCGCUGUGGGAGCUGUCAAGCGAGGAGGAGAUCCACCACUUUCAGAACGAGAGCCUGGGCAUGGCCUUUCUGCACCUCUGCCACCUCGCUCUCUGCCAUGGUGUCCCCCUUGAGAAGGUGGCCAAGAAGACAAGCUUCAAGGACUGCAUCCCACGCUCCUUCCGGCAGCAGAUCCGGCAGCACAACGCUCUGACGCGGCUGCGCCUGCGGAGCAUCUUCCGCAAGUUCCUGCGGGCCUUCCAGCCGGGCUGCCUCUCGCGGCAGGUUGUCAUGGUGAAGUACCUGGCCACACUCGAGCGGCUGGCGCCCCGCUUCGGCACAGAGCGCGUGCCCGUGUGCCACCUAGAGCUACUGGCCCAGGCCGAGGGGGAGCCCUGCUACAUCCGGGUUGGCGGACAGGCCCCUCCCGACCCCGGGCCCGAGUCUGCCGCCGGACCCCCCACCCACGAGGUGCUGGUGUCGGGCACUGACGGCAUCCGGUGGCGGCUGGUGCAGGCAGAGGGUCCCAGUGAUGGUGGUGGUGGUGGCGGCAGAAGGAUGCCCCAUGCUGGCCCAUCUGGGAAGAAAGCCAAGGCCCAGGAGGUGGGCAACCAGCCCGUGGACAGGCCUCAGGAGGCCCCAUGGGCCUACUUCUGCGACUUCCAGGACAUCACCCACGUGGUGCUGAAAGAACGCCGCGUCAGCAUUCAUUGUCAGGACAACAAGUGCCUGGAUUUGACCCUGCCUUCCCGGGCUGCGGCACUGUCCUUGGUGUCACUGGUGGACGGCUACUUCCGCCUGACGGCCGACUCGAGCCACUACCUAUGCCAUGAGGUGGCUCCUCCACGGCUGGUGAUGAGUAUCCAGGACGGUAUCCACGGACCCCUGCUGGAGCCAUUUGUGCUGGCCAAGCUGCAGCCCGGGGAUGGCCUCUACCUCAUCCACUGGAGCACCAGCCACCUCAACCGCCUCAUCCUCACGGUGGCCCAGCGCGACCAGGCACGUGGCGUGAAGGGCUUGCACCUACGGAAGUUCCCCAUCGAGCUGCAGGCUGGGACUGUCGCGCUGGAGGGCUGGGACCGGUCCUUCCCCAGCGUGCGCGAGCUGCGGGUUGCCCUGCAGGGCUGCUCCCUGCGGGCCGGCGACGACUGCUUUUCCCUGCGCCACUGCUGCCUGCCACGGCCAGGAGAGAUCUCCAACCUCAUCGUCACGCGGGGACCUCGGGCCAGCAGCAGGCCACUCAACCUCAGCCAUCUCAGCUUCCACCGGGUCCGCCAGGAAGACAUCACCCAGCUGUCCCACUUGGGCCAGGGCACGAGGACCAACGUGUAUGAGGGCCUCUUGCGAGUGGGGGGCGGAGGCCCCGAGGAGGACAAGGUGGAUGGCGGGGAACCCCCCAUGCCCGGGGCGGGCUGUGAACAGGAGCUGCGAGUGGUGCUCAAGGUGCUAGAUCCCAGUCACCAUGACAUCGCCCUGGCCUUCUACGAGACAGCCAGCCUCAUGAGCCAGGUCUCCCACGUGCACCUGGUCUUCGUGCACGGCAUCUACGUGCACGGCUCCGAGAACAUCAUGGUGACGGAGUACGUGGAGCACGGGCCCCUGGACGUGUGGCUGCGGCGGGAGCGGGGCCACGUGCCCCUGGCCUGGAAGCUGGCAGUGGCCCAGCAGCUGGCCAGCGCCCUCAGCUACCUGGAAGACAAGAGCCUGGUUCACAGCAACGUGUGUGGCCGGAACAUCCUGCUGGCACGGCUGGGGCUGGCGGAGGGCACCAGCCCCUUCAUCAAGCUGAGUGACCCCGGCGUGGGCCUGAGCGCCCUCUCCAGGGAGGAACGGGUGGAGCGGAUCCCCUGGACAGCCCCUGAGUGCCUGUCCGGUGGAGCCAACAGCCUAAGCACUGCAGCCGACAAGUGGGGCUUUGGUGCCACCCUCCUGGAGAUCUGCUUCGAUGGGGAGGCCCCCCUGCAGGGCCGCAGCCCCUCCGAGAAAGAGCGCUUCUACCAGAAGCAGCACAAGCUGCCUGAGCCCUCGUGCCCAGAGCUGGCCACACUCACCAGCCAGUGCCUGACCUAUGAGCCAGCCCAGCGGCCGUCCUUCCGCACCAUCCUGCGUGACCUCACUCAGCUGCAGCCCCAAAAUCUCGCUGAUGUCUUGUCUGUGAACCCGGACUCACCGGCGUCAGAUCCUACGGUUUUCCACAAGCGCUAUUUGAAAAAGAUCCGGGAUCUGGGUGAGGGUCACUUCGGAAAGGUCAGCCUGUACUGCUAUGAUCCAACCAAUGACGGCACUGGUGAGAUGGUGGCCGUGAAGGCCCUCAAGGCAGACUGCGGUCCCCAGCUCCGUACAGGCUGGAGGCGAGAGAUCGAAAUCUUGCGCACACUCUACCACGAGCACAUUGUCAAGUACAAGGGCUGCUGCGAGGACCAAGGCGAGAAGUCGGUACAGCUGGUCAUGGAGUACGUGCCCCUGGGCAGCCUCCGAGACUACUUGCCCCGGCACAAUGUCGGGCUGGCCCAGCUGCUGCUCUUCUCCCAGCAGAUCUGCGAGGGUAUGGCCUACCUGCACGCGCAGCACUACGUGCACCGAGACCUGGCCGCACGCAACGUGCUGCUGGACAACAACAGGCUGGUCAAGAUUGGGGACUUCGGCCUCGCCAAGGCCGUGCCCGAAGGCCACGAGUACUACUGCGUGCGCGAGGAUGGGGACAGUCCCGUGUUCUGGUAUGCCCCGGAGUGCCUGAAGGAGUGUAAGUUCUACUAUGCAUCCGACGUCUGGUCCUUUGGGGUCACCAUGUAUGAGCUGCUGACCUACUGUGACUCCACCCAGAGCCCCCCCUCGAAAUUCAUCGAGCUCAUAGGCCUCACCCAGGGGCAGAUGACAGUGCUGAGGCUCACUGAGCUGCUGGAACGAGGGGAGAGGCUGCCACAGCCAGAGAAAUGUCCCUGUGAGAUCUAUUGCCUUAUGAAGAACUGCUGGAAAGCAGAGGCCUCAUUCCGCCCGACCUUCCAGAACCUCAUACCCAUCCUCAAAACGGUCCACGAGAAAUACCAAGGCCAGCCACCCUCAGUGUUCAGUGUCUGCUGAAGCCCGCCAGCAGCUCUGCUUGGGGGGAUUGGAGCAGACAGUACCCAAAGAGAGGGCCUCCUGCUCCCCACCCUAAGAGGAGCCCAAGAGGGGGUGGUCAGCCUCACUGACUCCCUGUGCCUUACCCCUGUCUGGAGGCCCCACCCCUCUGAACUGACUUUCCUUGUCUUAGUCCGUUUGGGCUGCUAUAACAAAACGCCACAGACUGGGUGGCUUAUAAACAACAGAAAUUUAUUUGUCACAGUUCUGGAGGCUGGGAAGUCAAGAUCAAGGCACCAGCAUGGUUGAAUUUUGGCAAAAGCCCUCUUACUGGUUCAUAGCCUAUGCCUUCUCACUAUGUCCCCACAAGGUCCAAGGGGGCAAGGCAUCUUUCUGGAACCUCUUUUACAAGGGCACUAAUCACAUUCAUGAGGGCUCCACCCUCAUGACCUAUGCACCUCCUAAUACCAUCACUUUGGGUGUCAGGAUUUCAACAUAGUGAUUUUGAAGGGACAGAAACAUUCAAACCAUUGAACCUUCCAAGAUCAUGAGCCUGACACAGGCUCCUGAGGGACCCAGGACAAGCAAGGAGCUAACCAGGCCCUUGAAUCCGAUCUUUUUAUCUUCCCCCAGCUCCUGCCCUUGGAGCUCACUAUCUCCCCUAACUGGUUAAAAACUCAUAUUUCCUCUGCUAGAGGCAUGGUCCUUGGGCCCUUCUUCAGUGAGUGUCCACUCCCCUAGGGACUGCAGCUAGAGCAACUCAUUGCAGAAGAAGUCAGAUUCAACUAUUGAACCUUUGCUCACCUCUAAAUCACCAGCCAGCAAUUAGACCAAUGCCUGGAACACGGAAGGCCCUCAAGAUAUAUGUUAAAUAUAUCAAUAAAGGACCUGGGGGACCACAUGCCAUGUAAAUAAGAUUUCCAGUUUCACCUUUUUCUCGCUGCGUGACCUCAGGCCAGUGGCUUCCCCUCUCUGGGCCUUAGCUCUCAACUAUGAACUUGGGAUGGUCAUGCUUGCUGCCUUGUAGGACUAAUGUCAAGAGCUAAUGAGGGCUUCCCUGGUGGUGCAGUGGUUAAGAAUCUGCAUGCCAAUGCAGGGGACACGGGUUUGAUCCCUGGCCUGGGAAGAUCACACAUACUGCAGAGCAACUAAGCCCAUGCACCACAACUACUGAGCCUGCACUGUAGAGCCUGUGUGCCACAACUACUGAAGCCCGCGCACCUAGAGCCCGUGCUCUGCAACAAGAGAAGCCACGACAAUGAGAAGGCCCCGCACUGCAACAAAGAGUAGCCCCUGCUCGCUGCAACUAGAGAAAGCCCGCACACAGCAACGAAGACCCAACACAGCCAAAAAUAAAAACAAAUAAAUAAAUAAAUUAAAAAAAAAAAAGAGCUAAUGAGGUCGUAUCUGUCAAAUGCUUAGCAGAGAGAUAUGCAAACAACUGCUCAAUAAACAUUUGAUAUUAUUGUUAAUCUGGUGUUUGCCAACGUGUUUCUGCUUAACAGGUAUACUUGAGAUGGGUCUGCCACAUUGUGAAAGGCAGUUAGAUUUCUUUCCCAUGGGAUUUUCUAAGACCCUGUUCAUUGCAGCUCCCCUGACUGGACAGUUUCACACUAUUCUAGUGAUAUUUGCUUUUUAUAACAGUUUUUAAAAUUAAAUAUUCAUUAUAGUUGUAAAUCUUCCUUUUUUUUUUUUUUUUUUAAAGGUAGUAUUACCAUAGGCAGUGAAAUGUUUCCCUCCUCUGUCCAUCAGCCACCACUGUCACCUCCCCGGGAGACAACUAAUGUUAUCUGGUUUCCUGUUUUGGCUUCCAGAGACAUUUUAUCCAGAUACAAGGAAAUCUGUGCACAUAUUAUAUUUCCCCAUUUUUCGCAAAAAUAAUAGUAUGUGCUGCUAUAGAGAGCUCUAGCCAGUAUCGUUUCUAUUUUUUUCCCCACAUAAUAGGCCUUGGAGGCAAACAGUGUUGUCUCUUUCUAUUUUAUGGUUGUGUUGUAGCUCAUCAUUCAAAUGUCAUCGGCAUUUGUUCAUGUAAUCAUUUCUAAUCCUUGGCCUACCCAGGCUUCUGCAGUGAGUAACCAUGUGUGCACGUGGUUUCACCCACGUUCAAGGGUAUCUGUAGGACAAAUUCCCAAUGGGAAUAGCUGCACAAUCUAACCUGGUAAUUUGGAAAGUCAUUGCUGCUAGAAUAUAUUUUGAUAGUUGAUAGGGCAAGUCUCUCAUUCUUUUCUCAAAAUUAUCUUGGCUUGUUCUUGGGCAGCUACUUUUUUUUUUUGCAUUCUUUUUUUCAAAA